AUGAAUUCAACCGAAAUUCGUGUAAUUUCUUUAUAUGAGUAUAAACUUGGUAAUAAUGCUGCAAAAGCUGCACGCAAUAUAAACCAAGCGUUUAGGAAGAAUACAGUUAACGAUCGAAAAGUGCAGCGUUGGUUUGAAAAAUUUCGUUCUGAUGAUUUUUCACUACAAAAUGAUCCGCGUGGAAGACCCAAAACUUCUGUGAAAAAUGAUGACCUGAAGACAUUGGUGGAAGCGAAUUCAACUGCAUUCAGGAGGGAACUUGCUACCAGGAUGAACGUUGACCACACAACAAUAUUACGACAUCUUUCUGAAACAUGCAGGAGGGAACUUGCUACCAGGAUGAACGUUGACCACACAACAAUAUUACGACAUCUUUCUGAAAUUGACAAGGUAAAGAAAAUGGAUAAGUGGGUACCGCACGAACCAACCGAGCGAAAUAAGCUGGAUCGGUCGAACGUAUGCUCAUCGUUACUAUCCCGAUUUCAUCGAGAGCCAUUUCUUGAUCGGAUUAUUACCUGUGAUGAAAAAUGGGUUCCUUACGACAACAGGAAAAGGUGUGCUCGGUGGCUUGAUAGGGAUGAGGUUUGUGCCCAUACUCCAAGGCCAUCGCUUCAUCCACGGAAGAUUUUAAUCACAGUUUGGUGGAAUGUGACUGGGGUAAUUCACUACUCGUUUCUUCGAACUGGGGAUACAAUUACCGCCGAAAAGUACUGCCAGUACAUUGAUGAGAUACACGAAAAAUUGAAAAUUAUACGCGCAUCACUUCUCAAUCGGCAUGGCCCAGUACUUCUCCAUGACAAUGCUCGGCAGCAUACAUCGCACAAAACAAUUGCGAAAUUAAAUGAAUUAAAAUAUGAAGUUUUGCAGCACCCAGCCUAUUCACCUGAUCUCUCGCCAAAGGACUUUCAUUUUUUUUAA